UAUUAAAUUAUUCAUUUAUAAACAAUAGAUGUAGACAUAGUAAAUUUUAUUCUUUAAAAAAAAAAAAUUAAAGUAUUUUAAUAAUGAAACCAGAUAAAUCUGAAAACAGCCACAUUAACGACAAUGAAUUGAGCAAUGAGUUAAAAAACCAUAUGUUUUGGAUAUUUGGUUACGGAUCAUUAAUAUGGAAAACUAAUUUUCCAUUCAUAAAAAAAUACCCUGGAUACAUAAAAGGAUACACCAGGCGAUUUUAUCAGUUUAGCCCAGACCACAGAGGAACCAAUGACUUGCCUGGACGAGUAGUGACUCUUUUACCAUCAACUAAUGAAAGUCGAGUAUGGGGUAUAGCGUAUGCGAUUGAAAAUCGAGAUAUAGAUAAUGUAUGUGCGGGGUUGGAUCUACGUGAACGUGCCGGUUAUACUAAGAAGGUUGUCCAAUUUCAUACAAGAACAAAUGAAAAUCAAAUACCAUCUGAAGUCACAGUGUAUAUAGCAGACGAAAACAAUGAGUGGUUUGCUGGUGAAGCAUCUAUUCAACAAAUAGCUUCCAGAAUAGCAAUAUGUAGUGGAACCAGUGGAUCAAAUCCGGAAUAUGUACAUAAAUUAGCAGCAGAAAUGAGGCGGAUAGCUCCUGAGGAAGAUGAUAAACAUUUAUUUGAACUUGAAAUAGCUCUGAAAAGCAUCGAAAAUAGUAAGGAAAAACAAAUACUUUAAUCAAAAAUAUAAGACAUUUUAAAUUGAUUCAUGUUUAUUU